AUGGUUGUUUUCCAUUGCGGCAGUUGCGGUGAGGCACUCAAAAAGAACCAGGUCGAUAAACAUAUUGGAAGUACAUGUCGACGCGUGCAAACAAUUUCAUGUAUUGAUUGUGGAAAGGAUUUCACCCGUGAUUCCUACAAAGAACACACGAAAUGCGUAAGUGAACAAGAAAAGUAUGGUGGUGCAAAUUAUACAGCGCCGACAAAUACCAAUAAAGGCGAAAAGAAACAAAAUCAAUGGUUUGAAAUCGUGCAAUCUGCAAUUAAUCAGAACACCGGUAGUGCCCAAGCGAAGAUCCUAUUACAAAAGCUGCAAUAUUAUCCAAACACACCACGAAAACGAGCGAAAUUUAUUAAUUUCGUAAAUAAUUCAAUCAAAGGAUUUCCGCCACGAGCCGUCGAAGAAGUGUGGUCUAUUCUUGAAAAGCUACUACCCAAACCUUCCAAUAACGAACCGAAUCAAAUAAAGAAAACGGACGCUGAGGAACAAAAUCAAAGCGCACCAGCUGAAAACGAAGACGCUAAUAAAUCUCAAUUGAAACGGAAAAGCAAUGAUAACGAUGAUCAAUCAUCGAAAAAAGCCAAGGUUAAUGAUGAGGAUGAGAAUAACCAGGCAGUACCGACGAAUCCUCGUUUUGAAUGGUACGAUGAAAUCAAACGUGCCUUGAGUAAAGCAACAGAUCAAACGCUCAGUUUGGAAGCUUUACGAAAAAAGAUUUCUAAACGAUACAAGAAACUGAAGCCAAACCAGGAGAAAGGUGAUGAUUUGCUGUUCGAAAAGCUGGAAAAGAAGAUUCAACGAGCACCAUUUGUUCAACAACUCGAAGGAAAUGUUUUUCGAUUGUCUGAAUAG